AGCGAGCGGACGGGCUGCAUUUCCUCCGACGGAGAAGUAGCGGAAAGAAAUAUAUAUAUUUUCCUUCUCCCUCGCAUCGUUGAGAAAACAUUGCUUUACUGAUCUAUGGUGACAUACCAAGAAAAAGGACCUGACUGGGAUCACUCACGCAUACUCUUAACUUUGCAAGAGCAUUUAGUGUCUGCGGUAUCGGAAGGUCUUAUGAGACGACCCGUUGGCACAGGGAUGCAUACGGUUCCUGCUUCAGACUUUAAUGGACGGACAGAAUUUGAUUAUGCAGCCAAGAUAAGCAAAGUGGAAACGAACGAGUGAUUGUCUUACCAUGCACUGAACAAAUCCGAGCAUCAGGUGCUAAGCCCUGGGGGGAAAAUGUCUGCUUGCAAUGCCUUCACUGAACACGUCUGGAAACCUGGUGAAUGUAAAAACUGCUUCAAGCCAAAAAGUUUGCACCACCUGCCUCUGGCCUCUGAAGAACCUCGAGCUCCGAAUACAAACCCGAAAACCAGUGCGAGCAGCCAGCGAGCGAAGAACACAGGAAGUUUCCGCCCUCCUGUGGCCAAAAAACCAACGAUAGCUGUGAAGCCCACCAUGAUGGUGACAGACGGUCAGGGUGUGUGCGGCGAGGUCAGCUCGCCAGAUCCUUGUGAGAAUAAGCCAGCUGUGAUAGGGUGGAACCAAAACAGGGCAGUCAUGAACAAAAAACCACUGAAUAAUAACAAUGAAGAAGAAAUGGAAGGUUACAGCCAAGUUCGUAGACCUUAUGGGAACAGCGAUGGUGUAGGUAAGGUUCCAAAGAACAGCAAUGGGUUGACUGAAGUGUUGAAAGAAAUUGCGGGCUUGGAUACCCCAUCUCAUCUAACAGGAAGUGAAAUGAGUUCAAGGGAAGCGUUCUUGGGAAGAAUUAAUAAUUGCUAUAAGAAGUCUUUAGAGAGAAAGAUCCCUCCGAGUUGCAUGAUGGGUGGAAUGAAGGACUCCCAUAAUAAGCAUGUUGUUCUGAGUGGGAGCGCUGAUGUCAUAAGCAAUGAAGGUGGCCGUUUCUGUUACCCAGAAUUCUCCAGUGGGGAUGAGAGUGAGGAUGACAUGUUUUUUAGCCACAUGCAAGAAGACCAUGAAAGUUGGGAUGAAAGUGAUGAGGAGUUACUCGCGAUGGAAAUUCGCAUGAGAGGACAGCCACGCUUUGCUAAUUUUAGAGCGAACACCCUGUCACCUGUCCGGUUUUCUGUUGACAAAAAAUGGAACACAGUUCCUUUAAGGAACAAGUCUCUCCAGAGGUUUUGUGCCGUAGACUAUGAUGAUAGCUAUGAUGAAAUAUUGAACGGUUAUGGAGAAGACCCCGUGAUCUUUUAUGGGCCAGAAAGCAUACAAAGCAUGGUGUCAUCCAAUUCGACUUCUCCUGAUUCUUCUUUGACCGAAGAGUCUCGUUCUGGGACAACCAGCAGUUCUUCUCAAAGACUCUGCAAUGGUGGAUUAUCUCCCAGUACUCCUAAAGAUAUCAAAUUAAUUGAGGAAGGAUAUGAAAGUUUUGGUGAUGAUCAGCAGGUAAAAAUGACAGCUAAAAGCCCUCAAAAUGCUACCAAACCUUCAGAAACUCAUAAAGCUGUCCUUGCUCUUAGACUAGAAGAAAAAGAUGGUAAGAUCGCUGUCCAAAGUGAUAAGCAAGAAUGCAAAAGUCCUUCAGAUAAGUCGGGUCAAACAACGGUUUCAAAUAUGCUCCCGCUUGAAGAGCAAGCAAAGCCUUACAGAGUCGUGAACAUGGAACAACCGAUGUGCAAGCCAUACACUGUAGUGGAUGUAUCAGCAGCCAUGACACACGAAUGUACAGAGAAUCAGACAAGAAGCAUAGAUACAAAAAUUACUCCGUCUCACCCAAAUCCAUCAGAUACUGCCAGUACAAAUAUUACAUCUCAAUCAGUAUCAUCUGGUCAAGUAAAUACCAAUAUUAAAAAAUCUAGUGCUGUCCAAUACCAGGAAGUUUGGACUUCCAGUACUAGCCUACGUCAAAAAGUACCUAAAAUAGAGCUAAUUGCUAAUACUCCAGGAUCUUCUGUGCCUCCAAGGAAGAGCAGCCACAAAUCUGCCCCUACUUCACCAACAUCAACAAAUAUUUCUACAAAAAUGAUCCCCGUAAAGUCCCCUAACCUGUCUGAAAUAAAAUUCAACAGUUACAAUAAUGCUGGUAUGCCUCCCUUCCCAAUUAUUAUCCAUGACGAGCCGACAUAUGCUAGAAGUUCCAAGAACGCAAUCAAAGUUCCUAUUGUAAUAAAUCCGAAUGCGUACGAUAAUUUAGCUAUCUAUAAAAGUUUUCUAGGGACUAGUGGAGAGCUCUCUGUUAAAGAUAAAACUACUAGUGUGAUAAGCCACACAUAUGAAGAAAUAGAAACAGAAAACAAUGUGUCUGAAUCUAUAGCUGGCAAAUCAGAAUAUUCCCAAGCCAAAGGGAUCACUAAUAGCACCGAGAGAAGGCUAGGUUCAGUAGCCCAAAAGGUUCAAGAGUUCAACAGCUGUCUUGGUAAAGGUCAGACUUCACCAAAAAGUUCUGGCCACAGUUCCCCUACAAAGAUCCAAAGAGCCAUUCAAGAGCCUGCAGCCAAACUCGAAGAGGCCCAGGAGACGCUGAGCAGCAGUCGUGAAAAUGCUGGUACAGUGCUGUCCCAGAUCGUGGCUUCUAUUCAGCCUCCACUGUCUCCCCCAGAAAUACCUCAAGCUGCACCUAAGUCUUGCAGUGUAGAAGAACUGUAUUCGCUGCCCCCUGAUGCUGAUGCAGGUAAAAGCAUCCCAGUACGACCCAAAUCUCUCUUUACUGCACAGUCUUGCCCUGAUGCUGAGGGAGUCAAAUCCACAGAAAUGUUACAGAAGGAAACCUUGUCAAAGUCACCUGUCAUACAGUCCUCAAAGCCAUUGGUAGUUCCUCAGAAUACUAUAAGUCCCCAGAGUGAGCAGACUCCCCCAUUCCCUCCUCCACGUUCUACAUCCUCACCUUACCAUGCUAGCAAAGUGUUGCAGAGGCAUUUCAGUAACUGGACCAAACCCAUGAGCCCCACUAGAUCCACAGAGGCUGAAUCCGUGUUGCAUUCAGAGGGCAGACGCACUGUUGAUGCAAAGCCCAAACGGUGGAUAUCGUUUAAGAGUUUCUUCCGGCGUAGAAAGACUGAAGAUGAGGAAGAGAGGGAGAGAGAGAAGGGGAAACUAGUGGGCCUGGAUGGAACUGUGAUUCACAUGCUCCCACCACCACCUGCUCAACGCCAGAAUUGGUUCAGUGAGUCAAAAACCGAUUCUGGUGAGAAACCAUCAAUUGUUUUUAUGUUUAAAUGUGAACAAGCAAAGCUAGAGGCAAGAUCUGACCGCAGCAAGACUGAGGUGGAGUCUGCAGUUGAUGAAGCUGAAAAAAAAGACAGGUGGGAAAGGGAGAGGUCUCCUGAGAUCUCAGAAGAUAACCUGAAGAGUCAUUCGUCUGCAUCUCAAAUUCCAAAGGAAAUUCUUAGCUCAGCAGACCCCAGUGGAAUAAAUGCUUCGCCAGAGUUUCGAGACAUGAUUAAAAGGUUCAAGAAGGCUCUAAGAGAAUUUCCUUUAAUGGGGAACUGUGUGAGUGAGUAUAGUGGUCAAGUGCCUGAUGAGUCCACGGUGGAAAACAUGUCCCCUUGCAUUCCACGAUCUGCAUUUGAAAAGCAGGCAAGUGGCAGUAACGCUUUAGCCAUUCCACUGUCCCCUCCAGAAAUACUGCAAGGGGAAGAUGAAAGAGAAGAAAUGUCUGAUUCUUCUGACAUGAGCGCCUGCAGUGCUACAUAUAGUAACUUGGGGCAAUCCAGAGCAGCUAUGAUACCUCCAAAACAGCCACGGCAACCAAAGGGGGCAUUGGAUGAUGCCAUUGCUUUUGGGGGAAUAUCUGAUCCUGACAUGGCAGCCAGUAUACAUCCAACGCCACCUCCGCUGCCAAAGAAAACUAUUCUAAGAGCUCACACAGAACCGCUUCCAAAAGAACUCCAGAAACAGGCUCUGGAAAGCAGCCUGUGUGUUAUGGCCAACCCCACCUACGACAUCGACAGCCGCUGGGAAGCAGGCAGCGCCUGCUCUUCCGUCAGCUCGGAGCUCAAAGUCGUGGAUGACGAGUCAGGAGAUUCCUUAGAGAGGCCUCCUGGGAAAGGACGAGCAGCUGCAUUAGCAGCCAACAGCUUUUCUAGCCACGCUGCGCUCAGUAUUAAGGACAGGGGUUCCAACAGCACAGAGUCUCUGUCAGGAAGGCCCGCUGCCUAUAGCAAGCAUGGCCGAGCUGUCCAGAAGCCCCAGAGACAAGCACUUUAUCGAGGAAUUGAAAACAGAGAAGAAGUGGUGAACAAAAUCAGAAGCCUUCACGCCGACUCCCUGAAGAAAUUAUCUGUCAAGUGUGAGGACCUUUUCAUGGCCGGACAGAAGGAUCAGCUUCGGUUUGGGGUUGAUAGCUGGUCAGACUUCCGAUUAACCAGCGACAGGCCGUGCUGUGAGGCAGGGGAUGCUGUCUACUACCCAGCUUCGUACGCAAAAGAUCCACUCAACAACUAUGCAGUCAAGAUUUGUAAAAGCAAAGCUAAAGAAUCCCAACAGUAUUACCACAGCUUGGCCAUCCGCCAGAGCUUGGCUAUUCAUUUUAACAUACAGCAGGACUGUGGCCAUUUCUUAGCCGAUGUGCCCGUUCGGCUCCUUCCGUGGGAGGAUCCUGACUCUCCAGAGGAAGAAGAGCAGGAAGAAAGUGAGCAGCGGGCCCACGAGAGCCCUUCUGAUGCAGAAGCAUCACAGAAAGACAGCUCAAGCGCACCAGGAACGGUCAGCAAGCAGCGCAGCAGAGUUGUCGUCAUCACCCGUGAGGUUCCCUACCUGACGGUGGCAGAUUUUGUACAGUCGUCUUCAGAACGCCACAGAAGCAACCCAGACUUGUACGAAAGACAAGUGUGUUUCCUCCUCUUGCAGUUGUGUUCUGGCUUAGAGCACCUGAAGCCCUAUCACAUUACACAUUGUGACCUGCGCUUGGAGAAUCUUCUGCAGGUGGACUACAAGCCUGGGGGGAGCCUUCUGAACUCUGAGCCUGUGGAGCCCAACCCCAGUGCCGCUUGCCCGGCCAGGCUCCUUGUGAGCAAUUUUUCUCAAGCCAAGCAAAAGAGCCACAUGGUAGAUCCAGAAGUCCUAAAGGAUCAGUCCCGCCUUGCCCCAGAGAUCAUCACAGCCACGCAGUAUAAAAAAUGCGAUGAGUUUCAGACUGGCAUCCUCAUUUAUGAAAUGUUGCACCUGCCCAACCCCUUCGAUGAAAAUCCAGAGCUGAAGGAGAAAGAGUACACCUGCUCUGACCUGCCCAGGAUCCCUUGCCGUUCUCUCUACUCCCUGGGGCUUCAGCAGUUGGCAAACUGCCUGCUAAAUCCCAACCCCUCAGAAAGGAUCCUUAUAUCCGAGGCCAAGGGAGUCCUUCAGUGUUUGCUAUGGGGCCCUCGUGAGGAUGUGUUUCAGACUCUCAACGCCUCUUGCAGGCCAGCACAAAGGGAGACUGUGCUCCAGAACUGGCUGGACAUCAAACGGACGCUGUUGAUGAUCAAGUUUGCUGAAAAGUCUUUGGACAGGGAAUGCAGAGUCAGCCUUGAAGACUGGCUUUGUUGUCAGUAUCUGGCUUUUGCCACUACAGACUCACUCGAUCGCGUGGUGAAAAUCAUGCAGCAGCACUAGCUUGUGUGAGCUGCAGCUUUUGACUUCAACACCCCCCUUACCCACUCCUUUCUCCAGCAAGCGCUAAAAUUCUAUCUAGCAAUCAAGGUCACCAAGACUGAGCAAACAGAUCUCAGUGGGAAGCUCUGUUUCCUGUCAGAGGUGUAAAAGGAGACUUGUACUGGUCUGAGGCCCCAUCACCUCCUAUAGUGGGUGGUAUGAUGAAACAAGGAAAGGUGGAGACAUUGAAAAGGAAACCACUAUUUCUGAGAUCCCUGUUCAGAAGAACGCUCUGUGAUGGUGGUACCAAGCCACUGCAUUAAGGUCCAUGUGCUGCAUAUGGCAGCGUCCAGUGAACUACAAAUAGGAAUAAGAUGAAUGAGUUGUCAGAACCUAAAUGCUUUUCACAAGGUGGGGCUUCUGCCACAUUCCCUAUGAGAGGCUGUCAGCCCCAAAUGACUCAGCCCGUACCAGUCUCACUUCCUUGAAAAGCAGCUCUGAUUCUCCCCCCCCACCCCCUCCCCACGAGGAAGCACUCUGGACUGCUAGUGAGUUAUAGUCAGCUGCAUCCUGAUCAAGUUGCCUCCCCUUUCCUUUAGCUCUUGAGACAACACAUGACAUGCAAGUUACGUUUUGUAAAAAAGUGACAAACCCCCCAGUCUUAAGCGAUUGUAUUUUUGAAUGGAGGUGCAUUCAGGAAGGGGGUGCUCAAAUCUACUUGCCAAGAGUUCCAGAGUUACAUAAUGUAUUUUGCCCUUCUUUUUACCCCUCCUCAACCCUCGGUUUGAUUGGGCAGCAGUCAUCAAUAUGGAGUAUUCCCAAUAAAAGCCAAGAGUGUGUCUUUCUCUUUUGGCCAACCUAUCUGAUGCACUAGUCCUGCUUGGGGUUAUCGAUGGACUGUUAAUUAUAACCACUUUAACCAAGAGCAGUGCCGGGAACCAGAGGACAACAGAAGCAAACACAUUUUAGAAGCAGUUAUACCUUCUCCUAUCAGGUGGGCAUAUAUCCUAAAUCAGGGGCGCAAAAGUAUUGGCUUUCUGUGCCUGCCUUGCAUUUAGUUUUGCCUGGCCACGCUGUUUCGCACUGUAAGAUGGAAGCUUGUUGUGCUGGCAGAUGCCAACAUGGCUUAGAGUUCGUUAUGGUGUCACAAAUAAGCUAUGCUGCUAGAGAAGGUUUACCUACAGAUGUGGUUUUCCUGAGGGCCAGGGAGAGCACCAUCUGCUUGAUGGCUAAUAUUUGUCCAGUUUAGUUUCCCCUUCAGGAGUAUUUGGCGACAUAGAUGCUUCCGAGGAGCCCGUGUUAGGAUAUUUCUAGCUGUUACUGCCAAUCACUUAAAAUGCCACGGCUGUCAGCAUCGUUCUGGUGACUCUGAAAGAGUCGCUGCAUACUAAGGAGACACUGAGUAAACAAAUCCAACUGCCUGAAGGAGUGUUUGGCCUGUAGACAUCCCUGCUGGCUUCCUUUCCUAAUACAGAGGCCUUUUCCUGUGGAAGCAUGACAGCUCUCUCUCCUACACCUGAUCUCUUUGCUCAGUAAUUGUUAGGCUUCCUUUGAGUUACCUCUGAAUGACAGAGCUGCAGCCAAGUAUUGAAUUCCUACAGCUGGGGACAGUUGUUUGUUGAAAAGUGGACACCUCUUGCGCAGAGCCUGUGCUGCUGCUCCUCUUUCUCCUAUGGAUAUAUGUGCAAUUUUUGGAUGUAUUAUAUGAAAAGCUGUGUUUAGUGUUUACGUUGCAUAACUGAUUUACCUGUAUGCUAGACCUAUCCCCUUCCUUUCAUGGCACAUAGAUGCACAAAGUUACAUGUGCUGUUUCUCUGGAUUGCUGUUUCCUUUAUCGUUAAACUGUGACUAACCUGUUUACUUCAGCCUUGGAAACAAAUAAGCCACUUUGAAUUGCGUGUGCAUGUUUGGACCAGCCCCCCUUUGAGAGGUCGGCAGCCAGCUUUGUCCUCUUGCAGCAGGGCACAGCUAUCUUGCUGAUUCCUGGUUUACGGAAACCCCUUCUAUUUCUCGUGCAAGUGGUCUAUAGGGUUUGUGGUGGUCUCUCUAAAUGCGUGGAUCUUCCUGCUUCAGUAUCUACCAGGUUGUGGAAUGCUGGAGAAGGAUCAGACAAGGUUAAGGGCAGUAUGUGUGACGAGCGUCCUGACGUACUUCAGACAAAAGGACAACAUUGUUUGCAAGCCAGGACAGCUUUCAGAAUGCAAAAAAAAAAAGCACACGAAAGCCCAAGAUGCGAGGCAUGGUUUUGUGAUCCGUGUGGCUUCCUGAAAGGUUCUACAGACUCUAGGCGGUGUCUUUUACAGAGGCUUACACAAACAUGACAUAUAGCCAUGCUUUAUUCGGGAAGGGGUGGGGAAAGGAGAAAUGCCUCCCGGUAUGAACAAGUUGCUCCCCUGCCCCUCACCCUAAUUGCGUGAGGGUGCUCCUCAGUUUUAUAUAUGCUUUUAACUAAUAUCUCUGUGCACACAAAGUUCUCAUUUAGCCAGCCUUUGACACUUAGCUACACAUGGACUACUGAGCCCUGCGGUAGGCACAUUCCACCAGGCAUCUUUUAGUGUAUAAUGUGCGCUUCAAACCUCUUCCUUGUUGACAUGCACAUGCAAAAGUACACUCUUGAAUGUUUUGCGUAUUUUAUGCAGCAGGACCCAAACCGUUGUAGCUGGUUUCCUAGCUCUGAUUUCCAUUUUGUAUUUUGGUGGUAACAUUUAAACCAGUAUUAGCAUUCUGCGCUUCAGGCAAGCUUGUUCACUGCCAUCUCUUUGCCAUGUAGUUCUGGAUGACUGUUGUUAAUGAAGGAUGGUCAUGUGAGUGCUGUGUAGUGGGGGGGCGGCUUCCAUCUUGGAUGUCUCUUUGCAGACAUCCUAGAACAGCUGUAUUCAAUUGGUGGAAGCCUCCUGUCUUAAUGAAGAGCCACACCAAACUGAUGCCCAGGAAAGAACCUGGGACAAAAUAUUGUUACAGCCUAAUUUCUAAUCCUUGUUUCCCUUGUAAUUGGAGGUCACAAGGCAUCAGGAAUGGAGCCUUAGGUACGGAGAGCCCCAUUCAUAGGCUUUGCAGUUUGAAUAAUUCAGCCUUUUUUAGUUGAGCUCACCCACAGUUCAAAGAUUGUCAUUCUCAAAUAGCCAUACUGUUUUGUAAAUAUAUAUAUAUGUUCUGUAUAUAUUUACUGAUUGUAAAGAUAUAUAUUUUCAGAACCAGGCCAUUCAUUUUAGCACAAUAUAAACCAGUAGUAAACAGAGCUCUGGGAGAUUCCACAUUUUGAAAGAAUUUGAAUGUUGUUGUGCUGCUUGGAGCUUUGACGAAUCUUUUCUGGGGGGGUGGCCCUCUCAGCCUUGAUUUUAUUGCACAAUCAGUGCCUUGCCACAGAACUAAAGCUUUGGGAGGGAGGAUUCCCCAGUGGCCGCUGCCCUCCGUUAGCUACCAGCUGAUUAACAGUGCCCACAGUUUUGUUUUGUUUUUAAAAACUAUGAAAUGAAAGGACGCGUUCCCCACAAAGCUGAGUUGGCAGUUUUACAAAAAGAAUACAGUGUGAUGGCUCAGAUCCAUGAGUUCUCUGGAUAUCAUUAUAAAGUCAAAAGAAAAGUCUCGUGGCAGAUUUUUUUCCCCAAAACUGCAACUUCCAUGGAAGAAGAAACAGGCUGUGUUGACGUAGCUGUCUAGACAGCGUAGAAUUAGGAAGCCCUGUUGCUCUGACAAUCUUAUUCAGACUCCAGCCGGUAAAGGAGGCAAACUGUGCGCAAAGUCUGCAUGCUGACCUGCUCAGGAAGACUCUGGCCCACCUAUGCUCUGGUGCAAAACCUUGGAAGCAGAGGGAAAACAAGACUGCCAGAAAGUGGAGGUCUUCUAUUAAAGAUAAGUGAAGCCAUUCAGGUUUUCCAUCUGAAAUGAUAGGCCAUAGUGCACUCUUCAUUGUGCCAGAGAUAAGAGCAUUAGAAACCCCAACGAAUGAAUCUACUUGCGUAGGGCAUAGCCUCCUUAUUCCAUGUUUUAUCCCAACAUUUCCUGUCAGCUAGCCCCAGACACUGGAAUUUGCUGUUUGAAUUUUGCUUAAGGACAGCCAGGAGUUCCAUGCUUCAGUCAGCUAGCUCAGUACAGAGGUUCAAGCUUGCCUCUUACUCCAGCCCACUGCAGUAGAACAGAGCAAGAGUCCAGUAGCACCUGUAAGACCAACAAAAUCUGCGGUAGGGUAUGAACAUUCAUGAGUCACAGCCAGGGGUCAUUUCAUAGAAAAAGAGCUGGAGGAACUCAUUAGCAUAACUCAUUAGCAUAUGCCACACCUCUUGCCAUCACCGGAAGUGUGUCGUUCGUAUAAUUGAUUUGCAUAUGCCACACCCCCUGACAUCACCUAUCCUGGCUGUUUUGGACCCAAUCCUGGCCAUUCAGGGCCGAAAUUGGGCCCAAAAUGGCAAAAGGGGGCUGAAAAGAGGCCCAAAAUGGUCAGGAUCGGGCCUCUGAUGAGCGGGAGAGUGACCCACCACCUGUCAGAGGCCUGAUCUGGGCCGUUUCAGCCCCAACCCAGGCGGAAACGGGCCCAAAAUGGCUGAGAGUCAGGUGGGCGGGGCCACCUGACGUGACCUCUGGGGAACUGCAUUCCUGUGCGUUCCCCCUCGAAAUGAGCCCUGGUCACAACUCACUUCUUCAGCUCCCUGGUUUUCUUAUGCAAGCAGGGAAGGAUUGAAUGCGUUGUUCCCUUCAGAAGGCUUGUCUCAGUGAAUACAUGGAAAGUUUUGUUUCCAUGCAGCCUCUGGUCACCUGUCCCAUGGCCUUAAGGCAAGCCAUGCCUUUACAAGAGGUUAAUAAAGGGGGCUGCCUUGAGCCCCCGAAGACUCCGUUCCGCUCAGCUCUCACAUUGAUAAGGACGGAAUGUUCGGCUUGUCACAAAGGUAGCAAAUGAGGAUUAUCUCCUCCCUCAUAACUUCGUUAAUUGUACAGUGAUUUGAAAGCUCGUGGUGGUGCCUUUUCUGAGAUUAGUGAAAUCCAAAGUACAUAGGAGUCAGCGGUAGCUUAUCAACCAGUUCUCUACUUGAGAAAUGCAUACAACAAAAUGCCUAACGGACUCUGAGCAGGGUUCAGACCUAAAACACAGACGGGGCUAGCAAGAGCAGGCCAGAUUCUCAAAUAUUGGUCACCAGAAGCAGGUUUCACUAGCAACCAAAUGUUGUUCCCCAAAUGCAGCCCUUUGCCUCCAAGUCCCGUGUAAGUAAAUGGUUGUGAUUUACUCCUGUGGAAGAAAGAUAAAGCACUGUACUUGGCGGUGUUUUAAGUCGAGGCAAAGCCUGCUCAGGUGGUCUCACUAGAAGGGAUCCUGGAGGCAGAAGAUGCACUGUUUACUCCCUCCAUGGGCCCCUGGACUGUCCAGCCACCCAGAAUACACUGCGCCCAUCAGCACUGUAGGCAUUGUGUUCUUUAGGAAAUUGGAGGGGGGGACGGGAUUCUCAAGAGAUGUGCUGAAGAAUUUUCACUGUGCCAGGGCUGUAGCUGCUAAAGACCCCUCCAUGCUGGAGAGCAGUGCCUCUGCCAAGCUGUUUUUGGAGUAUUGCAGUUGAAUUUGUAGUUGGAGGCAUCUCUAAGUUUUGUUUUUUACGCAAAACAUCAACCCAGCGGCACAAUCUGCAGCCCAGUCCUAUGCCAAAGUUGAUUUCAGUGGGACUUUGGCCUCACUUAGCUCUGCAUCGGAUUGCACCUUUUUUUAAAACACCGCAGAACUUCAUGCUUGGGAGAGUAAUUGGAAAUUAUUUAAACUCCUAAGGAAACCUCCAGAAGUAUUUUGCUACUCCAUCCAGCUUCUGGUUGGAAAGCCCUCCCCUACAGCACAGGCAAUUGAGUCUCAAAGUGAGGGAGAACAGAUGGCAAUUCACAAAAUUGCCAACUACCUGAGCAUUUCCCUUUGUUCCAGUUGAUCUUCGCUUCCAGCUCCUUUGAUUAUCCCUCUAACCCAGAACAGUAGUUCAGUAAAGAUUGCAGUAUUUUAAUAGGGGGGGGGGAAUCAUGCAUGCCCAUAUUUUUAUAAAUGAAUUUUGAUGAUCCGCAGGCAUAAUCUGCUUCCCCCUCCCAUUUAUGAUCCGUAUGUAGAUUAUACAUAACGUAUAAUACGCAUACUAUUUGCUUGAAUUUUAAAAAUUCAUUAAGUAGAGAUCUCGUUCUGAAAUACCAGUUCAAAUGUACAAUGCUUUAACUUGAAUGUAGUCAGGCUUAGGAAGUUUUGUAGCUUUCACCAGGGGGCAGGGGUUGGUUUCAAAUUUAAUUAUGCUGAACAUUUUAAGUACAAGGAACAAAAGUGGGAAGAUCCUGCGCAGGUGCAGCUUGAUGUGGUCUCUCUUUACAAAUGCCUUGAGAUGGGAAUUUAACCAUUUUCUUUGCAAGACACCAUUCUGUUGGGUAAGCGGUGUGUUUGGAGUUCACUGCAUUGCUAUAUCCGGUGCUUCAUAUCUAUAUUUACACAUUUUUACAGAUACAAACUCCCAGCCUUCCUUCGUGUUUGGAUGGCAGUUACACUCCCCAGUUUGCUGUGGUACUUUGCUGUGUACUCUGUGGCAUCCAUGUUACUGUGUAAAUAAACUAGUUUCAUUAC